AUGGGCAGGAGGGUUGCAGAGAAAAAGAGGAGGGCAACCGGCAGGCUGUGGAGAGAUACCAAAAAAAAGAAAGGCCACAAGGCUUGGGGAGCCGCAGGAACAAAGAGGAAGAGCAAGCACAUAAGAGGAUUCCUGGCUAUGGUGACUUCUAUCAUCAUAAAAAAGAGAGUUAGGAAUCUCUCUAUGGCAAGGCUCUGUUCAAAGACUUCCAAGGAAGCACUCAACAUCCAGUACAAUCAACCCAUGGGAAUUCUUGGCUAUGAUGAUUGA